GGCUCGUGCACGAUUCAGCGAAAACACUGCAAACUUCUCUAAUCCCAGUGGACUUAUUUAAAUGGACACAGCCGGAUUUUCUCAAGAAAAACUUUUUUUCACUUCACGUUUAUGUUUCCUGGAUCCAUGAAAGUGCUGCAACUCCAUGAACUAAUAUUGUUUCAGCUUUGUGGACAGUUUGGAUACAUCUUUUUGGAAAACAUGCUGCCGUUGCCUACACCAGAAAAACUUCCUCUUCUGGAAACAUGGAAAGCCACUACUGCCUUUUGAACUCUGACAAACAAGCUGUGAAAUGUAAGCAGUGACUGCAAAGUAAAGACAAACUCUUAUUUAGUGAGCAGGUUUAUGAUGCUUGUAAGGAGAGUGGAUUCUAUAGUUUUGUUAACUUUGACGUGAAAAACUUCAGCUUGUUAUAAUGGAUGGCAACCUGAGCAUCAACAGAACAGAGCCGUACCACGCUGCGGCAGGAUCCUGGAGCCUCAUCAUACUGGUCAUCAUCAUUCUGACUAUAGUGGUGGGAAACCUGCUGGUCAUCAUCGCCGUGGCUCGUACUUCACAGCUACAGACGACGACAAACAUUUUCAUUAUGUCCCUGUCUUGUGCAGACCUCAUCAUGGGGGUCCUCGUGGUGCCUCUGGGGGCAACUAUUGUGGUGACGGGUAACUGGCAGCUCAGUGACACAUUUUGCGAGUUCUGGACUUCUGUGGAUGUCCUGUGUGUGACGGCGAGCAUCGAGACGCUCUGCGUCAUAGCAGUGGAUCGAUAUAUAGCCAUUACGAGGCCGCUCCGAUACAAGGUUCUGCUCAGUAAGUGGCGUGCCAGGGUAAUAGUUUGCUUAGUGUGGGUUGUGUCCGCUUUAAUUUCCUUUGUACCAAUUAUGAAAGGGUAUUGGCGAGAUAAUGAUGAUAAAGCGGCGAAGGAGUGUUACGAUACCCCUACUUGCUGUGACUUUGUGACCAACAGGGCCUUUGCGAUUAUAUCCUCGAUAGUGUCUUUUUACAUUCCGCUGCUCAUAAUGAUAUUUGUGUAUGCAAAAGUCUUUCUAAUAGCCACACGGCAAGUCCAGCUCAUAGAUAAGAAUCGCAUGCGUUUCCAGAAUGAAUAUCCAAUAACACCAGUUGGCUCUCACAUAAACAAUAUACUGCCAACAUCGUGUGCAGGCAACCCAGUGCGAAGGAAGAGUGGCAAGCGAAGGCCGUCGCGGCUAAUGCUGGUCAAAGAGCACAAGGCCCUCAAGACUUUAGGAAUCAUCAUGGGGACCUUCACGAUCUGCUGGCUGCCGUUCUUUGUUGCCAACAUCAUUAACGCAUUUGAAAGAGACAUUCCCUCAGAGAGGAUUUUCCGACUGUUAAACUGGCUGGGUUACAUCAACUCUGGCCUCAAUCCCAUCAUCUACUGCAGGAGUCCGGAGUUUCGGACUGCGUUCAAGAACCUGCUGGGCUGUCCGUGGCUGUCCACCGUCUGGCUCAAUACUUUCUAUAAAGGGCUGCGGAGUCGCUGCUCCUGCUUCCUAUGGCAGGCUGAGACAGGCACAGCCGGCUCUUUCCAAAAGUCUCCAAGCAGUAGGACUGAGGGCAACGAGAGUCAGGCCAGUACUCAGGGAAGCAGCAAAAGUGAGGAGGCUUCUCCUGGUCCUCUGCAGUCCAACGGCAGCACACAGUUCAGCGACUUAUCAGAGCCAGAAACCAAAUUCUUUACAUUACAAGAAAAGGACGGAUGAACUGUAAAAUGUCAAGCUACUGAAGCAAACUAUGAUCCCCAACUGUGAUUCCCGCAAAGGCUGAGACCAAACAGCAGUGAAGACAAGCUGAAGACGAGUACAACCACCGGCCCUGGUAAAAGUAGCUUAACUGAGCUAACUACAUAAAAAGGACUGAAUUGACUGUAAUGGAGCAGAUGGUUUGGUCUGAACAGGCACUACUGGGACUGUGUCCAUGGACACGAGAUGGACUGCUGCUGCUCAGCACACCACAGCCAUUAGGUGACAACAAUCCUGAAUACUUAACUGCAAGUUUUAAAUGCAUUCCAGUUACCUUUGGACACAGUGUAUGUGGCCUGUGGUUUCAAAAAUGACAGCAUGAACUGAUGUUUUACAGUAUAUAUCUGGUAAGUUAUCUAUUUAUGAUACACUGAAUCUGUAGCAAAAUACAAACUUUCUCUAACUUAAUACAAGAACAUGGUUCUGGCAAGGUUAUAUUCACUGUCAUGGCACAAAGUUAUCAGCGUAACGUGCGAUAAACUAAAGGGCUGUGCUGUGCAUUUAAAUAUUCAAUUCUGGUGUCUGUUUUCAGUCUUAAUCUUUCUGUUUUCAGUCUGGGCUCUAUCCACACAAUAGUUAUUUCACAUAAAUCCCUCCAUCUAUGUUAAGUUAUACCAUGGCUAUGGAAAAUUUUCAUUUCUGAAUGGCUGGUGAAAUCUUGUAUCAGGACAACUCAAACAUAAUUCCUGUCAGCACUCAACCAUCAGUAUUGUGCAAGGUACAGUAUUAUAAACUGCAGGUGAUCAUAACAAAAACACUUCUGCUACAUGUUACCAGUUAACUCCCUACUUUUGGUCAGCGACCUUGAAAUAAGCUCAAUAACACACUCUGAAAUGUCUAAAUAUAAAAAAUAAUGGACUUGAUGGACCUCCAUGUCAUCCAUUAUUAUGC